CGUAAGUCCAAAUGGCAAGACCAUCCCAUCCCUUGAUGCAUCAAGGUAAUGUAAUACAAAUAUCAAGAUCAUGCAAGUAGGAUCAUACCUACUUCUCAAAUCACCUAUGCAAAAUGGCAUCUAAUCAACCUACAACAACCGCGGCUAAGCAACUGUCGAUGAUGACAAAGAUAUCACCACAUGUAUAUUUCUAUGAACCCGAGACGGCUGCUACACAGGAAUCUUCCGACCGGAAAACGCCGAAACUCAUUCUUAUUGCAUCGUGGAUGGACGCCCGAGACUUACAUAUUGCCAAAUAUAUUACACGCUACCAAGUCAUAUAUCCUACAUCGAAGAUUCUACUAGUUAGAUUUUUCUUCAAGCAUCUGGCCUCCCCAUCAGAGGCAGAGAAAACCGUUGUGCCUGCCCUUGAAUACAUCCGGUCUCAAAUUGAUUCAGGAGCCUUGUCGGCUUCACCCGCGCGACCCGAAAUCCUUGUGCACGUAUUUUCAAACGGUGGUUUGGCCAGUACGCGGACACUAUACGAACUAUUCCGAUCUCAAACAGGCCGGAAUUUUCCCAUCCAUACGGCAGUAUACGAUUCAUGUCCGGGGUUGCAUUCUUUUAGAACAUCGUAUAAUGUCUUCAUGGUCAACUUUCGAAAAGGUAUCCUUCGGCUUGUUGCGAUACCAUUCGUAGUUGCAUUCGUUACUUGGAUUUGGGUUUGGUAUAGGCCUCUGAAAUUUAUCGCUGGCGAAGAUAUCCUUUCCAAGAAUUCAAGGCUCCAUAACGACCUAGCCUUAAUCAGACAGACAAAUCGUUCAUACGUAUAUGGCAAGGCUGAUGCCAUGGUGGAUUGGAGGCAUGUGGAGAAGCAUGCAGAACAAGCCGCGGCAAAAGGGCUUGCGGUGCGAAAAGAAUUAUUCGAACAUAGUCCACAUGUAUCACACAUGAGAACCGAUGGCGAAAGGUACUGGAAUAUUGUUACAGAGACUUGGGAGAAAUCUAUGGCGAAGGCUUAGUCUGACUUCGAGACCCCGAGAUUCAUUAGAGCAAAGUGGUGAUGAAAGAUAAGUACUUACCUACCUACCUGCAAUCCUGUAUAUUACCCGUUGAAUUCAUAUUCAAGAGACCGUUAAUUCUAUACCUAAUAGAUUAAUAGAUAUAAUUUACAGCUGUCUAGAAUAUCACAACGAAUUGGUGUCGUUGUGCUUUACCAAACUAAGGUCAUUUUGCGAGAUCGCGAAUCCCUGCUAUAUCCUUAUUCAGUAAAUCCGCUAUCGCAUCG